AUGGCCGCCCAGGGUUCCGAGAGUAUCAAUCUGGAGACGCUGGACACACAGCAGCUCAGUCAGGUCAAGAAGCAAUUGGAAGAAGAACUCGAGCACUUGACAAACUCGUUCGCCCAGCUACACAGCGCACAAUCCAGGUUCAAGGAGUGCCUCCGGUGUGUCAAGGCCAAGCCUGGUGCUGGCGAUGGUAUGCAGGCCCCCAACUUUCCCGUCUUAUCAGUGGCCAGCCGAGUUAACAUUUCUCUAGGCGACAAAUCUGUCCUGGUGCCGCUAACCAACUCCCUCUACGAUACCGAGUCUGCCGAACGUUUCUACGAAGCCAAGGUUCAGAAUUUGAUGAACAACAUUCAGGACCUCGAGGUGAUCGUGCAGCGGAAAACGCUAAAUGUGCGAAGUGUCGAGGAUGUACUAAGGCAGAAGGUUUUACAAAGCCAGAUAGCAUAA